AAUUUCUGUUGUUGUUUGAGUUGGGUGUUUUGUUUUUUUUUUUCUUUUUUAUUAAUCAAAAAAUCUAAAGGUAUUUUUACUUUAUAUUUUGAAAUAGAAUAUCAUUUGAUUUGUCUAACUCUCCUUGUGAAGUUGGACCAUUGUCGAAGUGUUGUCACGUUACAAUUUAAUAAUAAAUAUCCUUACACAAUGGAUGAAAUCAAUGCAAACAUUCCUGCAAAUUUCACUGACCUACCCGAUCAAAAACAUUACAAUCUUACCCACUACCAUCAACGUUUCCACUGGGAUUGUGGACUCUCUUGUAUCCUCAUGAUUCUAUCGAGUGCUUCGCGAAAACAAUUUCUAGCGAAUUUCGAUCAAAUCUGCGAACAAGAAGGUUUCGGUCAUAGCACUUGGACAAUAGAUCUCUGUUACAUUUUACAAAAGUUCAAUGUUCAACAUUUGUAUCUGACCAAAACGAUUGGGGUCGAUCCAAGCUACAGCCAACACAGCUACUAUACGAAAAUAAUCGAUAAAGAUGAGAAGAGAAUUACGGCAAAGUUCAAGGAUGCUCAAUCGCAUGGGGUUGUGGUUGAGCAGAGGACGGUGCCCUUCAAAGAUAUCAUCCGUCAUUUAGCUCACCGGGGUCCGGUUAUUAUUCUAACGAAUGCGUCACUUUUGCGAUGUGAUAUUUGUAAAAAGGAUUCAUUCGAAAGAAUGGGUUGUUCGUUUUUAAAUCAAAUCGGCAAACUCAGGCAUUAUGCCGGUCAUUAUGUGGUCCUUUGUGGAUUUGAUCUGACACGAAAGAAAGUUUUCUAUUUGAAUCCGGAAGCAACUGAUGGACAUGUUUGUACAAGUUCAAUUGAUUCAAUGGACAAAGCUAGAACUGCUUUUGGUACAGAUGAAGAUGUUAUACUUAUUUUUAAUCGUUAAAUUGCAACCUUACCAACACUCAAGGGUCAGCAUUUUUAUUAUGUUUUCGAUUUUUAUUUUUAAGAAAAAACGUAUUGUGAUAGCAGCAACAGAUUUAUAAUGUUUACGUUCCAUUUAGUGAUAAAAAAAUAUGUUUACUUUUAGACUUAUUGCAUUUAGAAGAGAGAGCACACUUUACAAAAUAUUUAUGCAAAAUUAAAAAAUAAAUAA